AUGUCCUGCGACGAGCACAACGGCCCCUUCCCAACCGAGGCGGGCAAAACCCUUGCAUCCGUCUACGCCAACGACCCGUCCACGACGGGCGCCCUUCUCCAGUCCAUUAUCGAGCGCGAUGGCGCCGUCAUAGUCAGGGGCCUCGUGCCGCAAGAGCUCUGCGAACGCAUCAGAAAGGACCUCAAGCCCCAGUUCGACUCGGACCGCGUCGACGAGUCCGGUUUCUUCCCGACAACCACGAAGCGAGCUCACGGCAUCUUGGCGUACUCGGAUGCCACGGCAGAGCUGCUUGUGAAUCCGUUGUUCCAGACCGUCGCCAGCGGCAUGCUGACGAGCAGGUACACCUACUGGGAGGGCCAGGGAAAGAAGACCGUCUCGGCCAAGCCGCAGAUUGCCAGCAUCGUCGGGUUCCGCGUCCAGCCUGGCGGUACGCAGCAGGCCCUGCAUCGAGACGACUCCGACUACCACACUCGGAACUGCGACAUGCCCGUCAUGCUGGGCUGCGUGACUGCCUUGACAAAGACAACCAAGGAAAACGGGGCGACCAUCGUCAUCCCCAAGAGUCACUUGUGGGGGCCGGACAGGAUGCCCCUCAACGAAGAAGCCAUCCCUGCGGAGCUUGAGGUAGGUGAUGCCACAGUUUUCGUGGGAAAUGUGUAUCAUGCCGGUGGGGCAAAUGUGACCAAGGAUGAUGCGCGCGAAACCAUCGGCAUGUUUCUGUGCAAGGGCACCCUCCGCCAGGAAGAAAACUCCUACCUCGAAGUGCCGCCCGAGUUGGCAAAGAAGAGAGGUCUCUCGCCCCAGGUUUUGCGACUGCUGGGAUACGGCAUUGCCCCGCCGGCGCUUGGAUUGUACAAAUAUCAGGAUCCGAUGAGGGUUAUUUUCGGCGUGGAAGAUGAGGAGACGGUGAGGAAGUAA